AUGUCUUCUCCCGUCGUCAAGCUGAACAGCGGCUACGAAAUGCCCCUCGUGGGCUUCGGCCUGUGGAAGGUCAACAACGACACCUGCGCUGACCAGGUUUACAACGCCAUCAAGGCUGGUUACCGUCUGUUCGAUGGUGCCUGUGACUACGGCAACGAGGUCGAGGUCGGCCAGGGUGUCGCCCGCGCCAUCAAGGAUGGUCUGGUCACGCGCGAGGAUCUCUUCCUCGUCUCCAAGCUGUGGAACAGCUUCCACGAUGGCGAUAAGGUCGAGCCCAUUGCCCGCAAGCAGUUGGCUGACUUGGGCAUUGACUACUUCGACCUGUACAUCGUCCACUUCCCCGUUGCUCUGGAGUACGUCGACCCCAGCGUCCGCUACCCGCCCAGCUGGACCAACGCCCAGGGCAAGAUCCAGCACAGCAAGGCCACCAUCCAGGAGACCUGGACCGCCAUGGAGUCGCUGGUCGACAAGAAGCUGGCCCGCAGCAUCGGUGUGAGCAACUUCAGCGCCCAGCUGUUGAUGGAUCUCCUCCGCUAUGCUCGCAUCCGCCCGGCUACCCUCCAGAUCGAGCACCACCCUUACCUCACCCAGAAGACUCUCGUCGACUACGCCCAGCAGGAGGGUCUCACCGUCACCGCAUACUCCUCCUUCGGUCCUCUCAGCUUCAUCGAGCUGCAGGUCGAGAAGGCCCAGGAUACCCCCCGUCUGUUCGACCACGAUGUCAUCACUUCUCUCGCUACCAAGUACAACCGCACCCCUGCUCAGGUCCUGCUCCGCUGGGCUACUCAGCGUAACAUCGCUGUUAUCCCCAAGAGCAAUGACCCCACUCGUCUGGCUCAGAACCUGCAGGUCACUGACUUUGACCUGGAGGCUGGUGAGAUUGACUCUAUCAGCGCCCUGAACCAGCACCUGCGCUUCAACGACCCCCUCAACUACGGUCUGGGCAUUACCAUCUUCUAA